ACGCGUCGGAGUGACUUUCGGGGAUGAUUGAAGUGCGCGGCAAAAGAAGUGAAACCCAAAACAAAACGACGCGAAACAUGCGGCCGAGGUACUGCUGAGCAAACGGGGUACGUCACCCGCCCCUCGCCGCCCGCUCUUCGCUCGCCUUUUACAGAGGUGAAGCAUACCACAGAGGACAAAAUGGGUCUGCACUCAUCCCAGAAGAAGCAUUUUCCCCUACGGGGGAUCGACGGCGUCGUUCAGCUCUUCGACGCCGAGCUCCGCAAGUCGGAGCCGGACCUGGCCCUCCUCUCCCUGGUCCUGGGUUUCGUGGAGCACUUCCUGGCCGUGAACCGCGUGGUGCCCGUCAACGUGCCCGGCGUACGUUUCGAGCCGCUGGAGCCCGACUGCCCCAACUCGUGUUUCCCCACCGUGGAGCUGGGCAUGAUUUCGGCGCUGUACGAGCGUUUCACGGCGCAGAUCCGCGGGGCCGUGGACCUGUCGCAGUACAGGAGGACGCCGGCCGGCUCCAGUCGAGAGCUGGUGAAGAAGGUGUCGGAUGUCAUUUGGAACAGUCUCAGUCGCUCUUACUUUAAAGACCGUGCCCACAUUCAAUCUCUCUUCAGCCUCAUCACCGGGACCAAACUGGACAGCUCGGGUGUGGCCUUUGCGGUGGUGGCGGCCUGCCAGGUCCUCGCCCUGAAGGACGUGCACCUGGCUCUGUCCGAAGACCACGCCUGGGUCAUCUUCGGCAAGAGCGGCGAGGAGACGGCCGAGGUCACCUGGCACGGCAAGGGCAACGAAGACCGACGAGGGCAGACGGUCGCGGCGGGAGUCAACGAGAAGAGUUGGCUCUACCUCAAAGGUUCCUACAUGAAAUGUGACCGCAGCAUGGAGGUGGCCUUCAUGGUGUGCGCCAUCAACCCCUCGCUGGACCUGCACACUGACAGCUCGGAGCUGCUGCAGCUUCAGCAGAAACUUCUGUGGCUACUGUAUGAACGAGGUGACCUGGACAGGUAUCCGAUGGCGAUGGGGACUCUGGCGGACCUGGAAGACCAGGAUCCCAUGCCAGGCAAGGAGAGCCCGCUGGAAAUCCACCUCAAGGCCGUGUGUUCGGCCCAAAGCCAUUACAACAACGAGCACAUCUACCCCUACAUGUACUUGGCCGGCUUCCACUACAGACACAGGAACGUGCGGGACGCGCUGAGGGCCUGGGCCGACGCCGCCCGCGUCAUGCAGGACUACAACUACUUCCGCGAGGACGAGGAGAUCUACAAAGAGUUCUUUGACAUCGCCAACGACGUCAUUCCCACUCUGCUCAAGGAGACGGCCGCCGCCGCCGAGAGUCCCUCGGAAGGCGGCGACGCCACGGAAGCGGAGCAGCAGCAACCCCAGCAGCAGCAGCAGCAGCAGGCAGCUUUCUCGGCACUGCAGGACCCCGAAUGCUUCGCCCACCUGCUGUGCUUUUACGACGGCAUCUGCAAGUGGGAGGAGGGCAGCCCCACGCCGGUGCUGCACGUGGGCUGGGCCACCUACCUGGUCCAGUCCCUGAGCCGCUUCGAGGCGCAGGUGCGUCAGAAAGUGUCCAUCAUCACCAAAGAGCCCGAGUGCCCGGACGAGGACGACACGUCCAGCGAGGACCCUUGGGAGGGCCGCAGGCGAGGCCCCCGCAGGGAGUCCAAGCUGGAGGAGCAGAACUCUCCCCUGGCCCCCGCCGCGCCCGCCUCCCCGACCUCGCAGGCCGCCCCCAAGAAAGCCGGCGAGGGCGGCGCCGGCCGCCGGCGCUCGGAGGGUCAGCCCAAGUCCCCCGACGACGGCGGGGCGUGCUCCCCGACGCCGCCACGCCCGGCCGCCCCCGUCGUGGCCUUCCAGAGCGAGAAGAUGAAGGGCAUGAAGGAGCUGCUGCGCGCCGCCAAGGUGAACUCCAGCGCCAUCAAGCUGCAGCUCACCGCCCAGUCUCAGGUCCAGAUGAAGAGGCAGAAGAGCACGCCGCCGGGCGAUUACUCCAUGUCCUUCAUGAAGAGGCAGCGCAAGUCGCUCUAGGACCAUUUGGACCGCCGGCCGCGCCCCCUCGCCACCUUCCUUGCGCUCAAACGUCCUCCCGCUGCCGUCAUGUUGUGUCGCUAUCUGAAAGCAUGACCAUGACCAAGAAGAAUACAGUUGUGUGCAAAUUGCGCCCCCCCCCCCCCCCCCCCCCCCCCAGGACAUCCCAAAACAGUUGAAGAGCUGCACCAUUUGCAAAAAAAAAAAAAAAAAAAAAACAUGCAGCCACGACUCCCUGCAGCUUUUGUGACAACCCAGUCGAAAGCCGGCUCCUUCCCUUUACACAAAGAUUGUCACACAGGUGAGAUGCAUCACUUCACAUUAGUUUUCCGCACCAAUGUACCUAUUUUCCUAUUAGACGGGGCUUUGGCGCCAUCUUGUGGCAUCACAAAGAGCACAAAAAAAACACCUGCUGCUGAUUACAAUAGCUUAACUGUUGAACCGUUUCAUAUCAGACCUCGUGUCGACAAAGCGAGCGAUUCCCAGUUCACGUUUGCCUCAUCGGGACACGUCGACAAGACUGCGAGCCGAGAAAGUCAAGUUAGUAUAGUUACUGUGUAACAUUGUCCACUUCCGUGUUAAGGAUAGCUUCUUUUUUGCUAGCUCGAUGUUGCCUUAUUUGCUUUUUUUUUUUUUUUUUAGACUGGGCCUUGUAGUUUGGACUUGGCCCACUAUCAUGAUUUAGACAAAAAAGCCCGCAAAGCGCUGUCAGCACAGAAUCGUGUGAAACGGUUGCCCAAUGUUGCGUUCGCUUUGUGGUCUUUGUUUUUGUAUCUGAGAGUAAUAAAGAAGUGGAGGCCGAUUGA